AUGUUGACGUUAGCCAUUGGUGAUCUAUUCAUCCCCGAUAGAUCCAUUGAUAUUCCCGCUAAGUUCCAUAAGCUUUUGGCACCCAAUCCGCAAUCAAUUCCUUCCAAUCCCAAAAUAUCCAAUGUUUUAUGUUUAGGAAACAUCACUAAUGAUUUGGAUACUUUAAACUUAUUAUUCAAUAUAUCUCCUAACUUCCAUAUGGUAAAGGGAGAAUUCGAUGAUGUUAACCUUUUGACACAACAAUUGAAUUUACUAGGAGUAGAAGGAAAGGAUUUGAUUCAGAAUUAUAAGAUUUUAAAAGUAGAUAAUUUAAAAAUAGGGUUUACCAAUGGAUCAUUGAUAGUACCUAAGAAUGACCCUUUGAGUUUAAGCAGUUUUGCCAGAGAGAUCGACGUGGAUAUACUAAUCUAUGGAGGAACUCAUAAAGUUGAUGCAUACGUUUUAGAUGGGAAAUUUUUUGUCAAUCCUGGAAGUGGUUCCGGGGCUUUUAAUUUUGAUUGGCAAGCAGAGGAUGGAGAGUCAGACGAGGAAGAAGGGGGGGAAGAGCAAGGAGAAGAGCAAGAACAAGAUGAACCCCAAUCCGAGAAAAAUGAAGAAGAAAUUAAGACAGAAACAAAGACAGAAGAGACAGAAACAAAUCCGGAGACAGAACAAACAGAGCAAACCGAAUCUGAAUUGAAGGAUCAAGUACAGGAUUCCAAAGAAGAACCAUCUGUUGAAGCCAUAACCACAGAUCUCGAAAAAACCACCCUUUCACCUCAAGAUCAAAUUAAACUCGACCAAUUCACUAAUAAUCCAUCAUUUUGUCUUUUAGAAACUCACGACAGUUCAUGUACAUUAUAUAUUUACACCUAUUUGGAUGAUGAAGUUAAAGUGGAUAAAGUGACAUAUCACAAAGACUAA